AAAAAGGUUGCCAUGAAAACCCAUACAAACCUCCAAAAAACAUCCUAAAGAUUUCCAAGAAGACGUCCUGCGUCAAAGGAACGUUCCCAGGACAUCCUUUGAACAAAAUGUGCUGCAAGAAGAUGCUAUAAAAGAAAAAAAAAAUGAUCGCGCUCGUGUGCCAAUUGCCAACUUCACACCGAUCGCAGCGACCCGGCGCGGCACAGUGCGGUAGUGUUUCCUGCUACUUCUCAGAUGUAUCGUUCUUUUCGUUGUCACGGACGUAUUUAGCAUAAAAUAUGAACGUGAUCGCGAAAUCGACAAAUCUCUCGCCGUUCCUGCGGGCGACGGCGACUGUCGUCUCAAAUGGAGGAAUGCCUGUGGCCGCGACUGGUAAAGUUACCAAAGCGAAGGUUACCGUUCCCGAAUCCUUUAGACGGAGACUCCAACAGACUGUCUAUCAGGAUCUUCUUACCGGACCUACGUACAUAAGCUCGGGAGUCGCAGUCAGCACACAGGUACAUCAGCGACGUUUGGCACAUACCGACAUUCAGUGGCCAGAUUUCACCGAUUAUCGUCAACCUGCAACACAAGAUCCAUAUUCCAAAUCACGAGACAGUGCGUCAUCCCGAAAGGGUAUCUCCUAUCUUAUUGCAGCUGGUAGUUCUGUGGCAGGAGUUUAUAGUGCAAAAGUAGUAGUGCACAACAUGGUUGGCAUGCUGAGCGCAACGGCUGAUGUACUUGCCAUGUCGAAAAUCGAGAUAAAGCUCGACAGUAUUCCUGAGGGCAAGAGCGCUAUCUUCAAAUGGCGUGGAAAGCCUCUGUUUAUACGACACAGAAUUGACUCAGAAAUCGCAACGGAAAAUAAAGUGAACGUUGCGAGUCUCCGCGAUCCGGAAGAGGACAGCGCUCGCGUGAAGGAUCCCAAGUGGUUGGUCAUUAUAGGCGUUUGCACACAUUUGGGAUGUGUACCCAUCGCUAAUGCGGGAGAUUUCGGCGGUUACUAUUGCCCGUGCCACGGGUCUCACUACGAUGCCAGCGGUAGGAUUCGAAAAGGACCGGCCCCGCUAAAUCUCGAGGUACCACCCUAUGAGUUUACCGAGGGUGGAACAGUGCUCGUUGUUGGUUAAUGACUAUUUGCGUUAUCUGUAGUCAAAUAAUAAAAUAAUUUAUAAUAUAGAAUACUCCGUGGGUAUGUGUAUUAUCUUGUUAUUAUCGCGAAAAAGAUCAGAGAAAUAUGUUUUGUAUAUUUCUUGAAAUUUAAUGAAGAACCUUCAUUUGAACAUUGCAAAAUUAUUCGAAUAUUUCGAACGUAACAGCGUGACUGCUGUAUCGGAUUCAGAAUAAACGUUAAGUGAAAAAAAA